CUUCACCAAUGCUCUAAGGACCUACCCAGGCAACUCAGGGUUUGUGGCGCAGGGGCCCUUGACAUGACAUAUGUACGUAACAAUGGGCAAGGGAGUUCCCAACCGGGGCCCUCAUUUCCUGCUGGAAGAGCCCCCAAGGGCUGCCGAGCUUGGGAUGUCCCACUUGUACGAGUGCCCCCUGAGGCUGGAGAAGGGCUUUAUCUUGGACGGGGUGGCCGUGAGCAGUGUGGCCCGCGCCUAUGACCGCACGAGGCCCAAGCUGUGGUCUGCGAUUCCGCCCUACAACGCGCAACAGGACUACCACGCGCGUCGGUACUUCCAGAGCCACGUGGUUCCACCCAUCUUGCGCAAGACCGGUCAGGAUCAUGGUGGCACAGGAAGAGACGGCUGGAUAGUAGAUUAUUUCCACAUCUUCGGGCAAGGACAGCGAUACCUUAACAGGAGAAACUGGGCAGGGGCAGGGCACUCCCUCCAGCAGGUGACCGGCCAUGACCACUACAACAGGGAUCUGAAACUCGUCACCGGGUUCAACGGCCGCUUUGGCUACCGCAGGAACACCCCAGCCCUCCGCCAGCGUCUGUCCGUCUUUGGAGAGGUCACGCCAUUCCCCCUCUUCUAA